AAUCACUUCACAUAAUAAUUAAGAAUCAAGUCAACAAUAUUCUACCAUUUUCUUUGAUUUUUAAAAAUGGCCUCACCAAAGUUGAUUUCAGUUAUGUUAAUGCUUGUGACAACCAUGGUUUUGAUUAAUGUGAUGAUUGUUGGAGCAGCAAAAACAUGGUGUGUGGCAAAGAAGGGAGCUGAUACCACAGCAUUACUUAGUGCUUUAAAUUAUGCAUGUGGAGCUGGAGCUGAUUGUGAGCCUAUUCAGUCCACUGGACUGUGUUUUAAUCCAGACACUGUCGAAGGUCAUGCUUCCUAUGCUUUUAAUAGUUACUAUCAAAUUCAGAAGCAAGCCGAUGGCUCUUGCGAUUUUGGUGGCAGUGCAACCAUUGUUGAAAUUGAUCCAAGUCAUGAAAAGUGCGUAUAUCCAUCUUCCUGAAGUAUUGUUGGAGGAGCAUGAAUGAAAAGAUCAACUGAUUAUUCGACAUCAUACAAUACCCAAAUGGAACAACAAAUAAAAAAUGUUAUGAGUCAUAUGCCUCUUAACUCUAUCUAUCAAUGUAUCCGUUUUGAUUUUAUUCUUUUUAUAGGCAAAAGUUAAUAAAGGAGUACCAAGAUACUCGAAACCUUGUACAAAAUAUGUUGUAUGUUGUGUUAAUUCUAAAAAAUUUAAAUAAAUCUUGAUA